AUGUCUAACAACACCCCACUGAUUCCCAUCCUCGAUCACAUCGUCGUUCUCGUGUCUCAUAAAACUCUCCUCGGGAUCGCCGAACACAUCGAGGGCCAGUUCUUCCUAGCCCCAGGUGGAGACCAUGCCGAUGGACUCACCACCAACAGAUUGAUUCUACUUCCAGACGGCGUUUAUUUGGAACUCAUUGCCUUCUUUGACGAUAUCGACCCCGAAAGACGCCAGCAGCAUCGCUGGGGAAAUGAGGCGGAAGGAACCAUAAUCGACUGGGCUUUCACGUUGCCCACAGAAAGCGACUUCAAACUUAUUCAAAAGCGAAUCGGAGACGCAGACACAGAAUUUUCCUAUACAGAUCCCAUCCCUGGUGGUCGCACAAAACCAGAUGGCACUGUCCUAAAAUGGGCAGUCUGCACUUCGAGAGAUGCACAAGGUAGUACGGUGGCACCAGGAUCUCUACCGUUCUGGUGUCUUGACAGAACACCUCGCGCGAAUCGUGUGCCUUACGAAGUAGAGCCAUAUCUGACUCAGCACCCUAAUGGUGUUCAAGGUGUCUUAUCUGUCUCAGUGCAGAUUCCUGCUAGUGACACUUCGAAGUUCAAAGGGGCUUAUGAUGGGAUAUUCGGUGGCGAUUGGCGAUAUCAGGUUCCGUCUGGCUUUAAGUCUAGCCAGCAUAGUGUUUCUCUGACUGAAGGUGAACGCUCGAUUCAUCUGGUUUUUCGUGGACCAAGACCUGGACAAGUUGAGCUGCUACCUGGUCUUCUGCUUCGUAUUGAGUCAGCAUGA